AAGGCAGGAGGCAUAUGCUGAAGCAACCAGUAGUGCGCUCGCUAUCCGAUGUGAGGCGAAUUUAGAAAAAAAAACGCGACUUUUUGGUUGUUGCAGAAACUUUGCAAGACCCGCGGAGUUAUAUUCCAAUACAGUGGAUGCAUACUUUUUUUCUCUGUUAUGCGAGUGGAUUUUCUUUGGAAGGAAUAACGUUUUUAUUUGAAUAUACACUUUUUUUUAAACCUCGUUAUAUCGAGCUGCAGUGAACUCCGGAAGAGUUUAUAAGGACGCACAGUCAGAAUGUCCCAUAUCUCCGUCAACGACCAUCUGGAGGGCAUUUUAUCAGACUUCGAAGCUUUGAAAAGAUCCUUCGACGUCGAUGAUGUGGACGAGCCUCCUCCGUUCUCCCCCUCCUCCCCCGUUCCCUCCCCCCUCUCCUCCACCUCCCUCCUCAACAAGACCAACGAGGGUCGAGGGUUCCCCACAUCCAACCACAGCUCCCCUGCCUUCCGGUCCCGGAUCAGUCUUGGUACCAACCCCAGCCCUUCCCAGAGCCCUGUGUUCAAGUCCCGCAUGGUCUCCAGCCUCUCUUUCAACCGAGCCAUGAACAGACCCACCAUCAACAACAAUGGAGGGAGCUCCGGAGGCAUCACCAGGGCCUCUUCCUUCCAGAACAAGUUCAACCCUAAGGGUUUCUCCUCCUCUCUCUCCGGCCCAGGCAGUGAUAAUGAUAGUCUCCAUAGCUCCUCUUCUAGUCUGGAGUACUCCAUCCAGGGAGGUGGAGGAGAAGGAGGAGGGUUACCUCCAGGCAAGCCAGGGUCUCUGUCCUACUCCACUACCCCACAGGUGGAGCAGCGUCCUGGGCAGCAGCCUGGGGCAGGCCUGGGGAUGGGGAUUGGGCUGGGCAGCCCAGCUCUGAAGAAGGUCUCUUCCCAUGGGAGUGUGUUUCACUCUGAGCUGGAGGGGCCCAUGGUGCUGGGAGCUCCAGAGCCCAGGGGGGUCAGCCACGGAUCCAUGCCAAGUCUGGACCUCCAGAUCGGGGAAGGGGGAGGCAGGGUGAUGCGGGGGGCUGGAGGUGGAGGGGUGAGGUAUGGCAACGCCAAUGUGGGUUUGAAUGGUGGAUCCCAGCGCCAUUAUAACACCAGUUCCUUUGGGAAGGAAGGCUGCUACUCUCCCAAUCAGAACCACAACAUCUACCAGCCCCAGAGCCAGCCCAAACCCAAAGAGACCCAGCGUCUCAACAAGUUUCCCCUGGAUCUAGACAGUCUGGUGGGGGUGAAGACGCCCCAGCCCAGCCCCCAUCCUCCCCCCUCCUCUGACCCCCCUAAACCUCCCCCCAGAGGCCACUAUCCCAGUAGCCUCUCUGUCUCUGCUAGCCCCUCCCUCAGCAGUCUGGACAGUUCCGGCGGUGACCUCACUCCUCUUCCCCCCGCCAACCACCACAACAACAACCCCUCUCUCCCCCGCUCUCCCCCACCUACCUCCCCUCCGGGGGCCAAGCCUGUCCCUAAGGUGAGCCAGUCCCCUGUCCCCCUGUCUCCCGCCCAGACCCCCCAGCUCAACCUGCUCUCCCCCAGACCUCAGGUAGGACACCUGGCCCCCUCCAUCCCCUCCACCCCCCCGCCACUGGAGCACGCCCAACCACCGCUGGGCCACGCCCAGCCACAGGAAAUGAUGUCAGAGAGAGAGAGCGUGGGUUCCAUCCUGCAGAGGAUCGCUUCCUUCUCCCGUCCCGACGCCAUGACGACCACCAGGGUUCCAAGCGCUGCCAGUGUUCUGAGCGGGGUUGCCCUUGGCAACGGGGUGAAGAAGGAGAGCCCACCGCCGAUGAUGAUGAUGCGUCAGGAGCGUGUUUCCUCAGCUUCACCAUCACCUCUACCUGUGGCGGUGCAGAGACAGGGGCUGAAGAGGGUGCAAGACACAACUAAGGUGCUAGAGCAGGAGAAACCCGCCUCGAUGGAGGAGAGAGGCAUGGAGGAAGAGGAAGUAAAAGCAGUAGAAGACAAACCAGCGGAAGAGAAAGAGGAGGGAGUAGCGGAGGAGAAGAGAGAGAUGGAGGAGCGAGAGAUGAAGAGAGAAGUAGACAUAGAGAGAGAGAUGGAGGUAGAGGUCGAGGUCGCGAACCCUUGCCCUACAGAAAGCCAGGGUCUCCAUGGUCUCCAGGGAACCAUUAAAGGUCAUGACCUCUUCGGCUACGUGGGCAUCGAGGCCGUUCUGGACCAGAUGAGACGCAAGACCAUGAAGGCUGGCUUCGAGUUCAACAUCAUGGUCGUGGGUCAGAGCGGUCUGGGGAAGUCUACCCUGGUCAACACUCUGUUCAAGUCUAAAGUCAGCCGCAAGUCCUGCACCCCUAACUACGAAGAGCAGAUCUCCAAGACUGUCAAACUGCAGUCCGUCAGCCAUGUGAUAGAGGAGAAGGGAGUGAAGAUGAAGCUGACAGUGAUUGACACUCCAGGAUUUGGAGACCAGAUAAACAACGAAAACUGUUGGGAGCCUAUAGUAAGUUAUGUUAAUGAGCAGUAUGAGAGGUACCUGAAGGAGGAGCUGUAUGUCAACAGGAAGCGGAGGAUCCCUGACACACGCGUGCACUGCUGCGUCUACUUCCUGCCUGCCACCGGACACUGGUUACGUCCCAUAGACGUGGAGUUCAUGAAGAGGCUGGGGAAGAUAGUCAGCAUUGUACCGGUCAUCGCUAAGGCAGACACACUCACCAUGGAGGAGAGACUGGAGUUUAAACAGAGGAUAAGACAGGACCUGAAGGCCAAUGGGAUCCGAGUAUACCCUCAGGCUGAGUACGACGAAGAUCCAGAGGACAGGAUACUCAACGACAAGAUUAGGGAAAACAUUCCGUUUGCUGUGGUGGGGACAGACAAGGAACACCAGGUAAACGGGAACAAGGUCCUGGGCAGGAAAACCAAAUGGGGCAUCAUAGAGGUUGAAAACGUGGCGCAUUGUGAGUUUGCCAACUUGAGAGAUCUGCUGAUUAGGUCCCACCUGCAGGACCUGAAGGACGUGACCCACAACAUCCACUAUGAGACAUUCCGCGUGAGGAGGCUGAAUGAGAGUAACCUGACUGUCCACGGUCUGGCCCUGUCCUGCUUUCCCAUGGAGAACGGGACCCACGGAACCAACGGAACCAACGGAACCUCGGACAGGAGCGAAUCAGAGAGCCAACUCUGAGGGGGACCACAAAGUGCGUCGCACACAGCAGCAGCAGCUCCAGCUUCCUGUUUCCUGUUUUGACCUGCAAUGAUUGGUCAACAGUUUCCCCCAAUCGGAACACACGAGAAAGAGAGCGAAAGGAAGAAAGAGGAACUUUUUUUUUAACAAAGGAGAGAUUUUUUCGGUGGCCACCACACCUUCGAUUUUGAAAUAACAUUUUAUUGAGUUUUACUAAAGACAUUAUUGAUAAGAAAUGCAUUUAAACUUCAUAUAUGAAUAUAUUUACUGAGAAUGAGUUUAUAUUUCCUGGAAGCAGGGUCACUCAGAGCUGGAAGAGCAGAGAGAGAGAGAUGGAGAGCAAGUUCUCAGGAGAGAGAGAGCAAGAAAGAGUGGAUAGAGA